AUGGCAGCCUCCACCCUGUCCAUCUGCUCCAGCGACCUGAGCUAUGCCUGUCCAGAGAGCUGCUGCGAGCCCCCAUGCUGUGGCCCCAGCUGCUGCGCCCUGGCCCCCCGCCUGACCCUCCUCUGUGCCCCAGUGAGCUGUGAGUCCAGCCCCUGCUGCCAGGCAGCCUGCAGCAGCUCCUGCCCGGCCUUGUGCUGCCAGCAGUCUAGCUGCCAGCCCUCCUGCUGCACCUCCUCCCCCUGCCAGCAGGCCUGCUGUGAGCCCGUCUGCUGCAGGCCUGUCUGCUGCAGGCCUGUUUGCUGCAGGCCCGUCUGCUGCACACCUGUUUGCUGCAGGCCCGUGUGCUGUGAGGCCUCCCCCUGCUCAGCCCCCUCGUCCUGCUGCAGACCCUCUUCCUCUGUGUCCCUCCUCUGCCGCCCCGUGUGCCGCCCCGCCUGCUGCGUGCCCAUCUCCUCCUGCCAGCCCAGCUGCUGCCGCCCAGCCUCCUCCGUGUCCCUGCUCUGCAGGCCCGUAUGCUUCCGCCCUGCUUGCUGCAUCCCAACCUCGGCCCCGGAGCCCUGCUGCUGA